AUGACGGUCUUCGAGGCCGCUGCUCACCGGAGUUAUCGUGGAAACCCACAGGCCGAUCACCUUCUCACUCUCGCUAAGCUGAAUGUCUUUCGCGCUUUUGUACGUAACAUCGCCGUUCUGGGAUACACUCGGGAAUGGAUGACAGAUGAUGCUAUCUCUCGUUUCAGUAUCAGCAGUCCUCACCCAACGGCCCUACCAGCGGCGAAUUUACCCCUUAGUCUGCGUCCGACAGGCAUGCAACGGAGUCGGCUUCAUCAUCCGUGGUUGGACUUCUUCCCUUUCGCACAGUUAAGGGACAAUCUUAUUCAGAAUGAGGAUAGCAUGGAUGAUACUCAAUUCUGUCGGGAUUUGAUGAGCUUCUGGACUGUAUCUAGUGAGAGUAAUUGUUUACUCGUCUGGGGCAAUCCUUGGGAUCCGAUGAACUGGGAAAUUACUGAAACAUUCCUGCAGAAGUGGGGUCGGUUAGUCAAGGGAUGUCCGGAGAUCUUCUGGUCUACAAAUUAUUGGCGACGACUGAGAGGAGAGAAGCGCCUGGCAUGGAAGGCUUCUUAUGAUACGAUGAUGGAAAUGUGA